UUUACAAAUAAACCUUCUUCAAAGAUCAUUUUAGUGCAAGGAACUCCAGUAAACUUGUGCUGUGAGGCUUCUGGUUCACCACCUCCCAAAAUUGAAUGGUACCGGGCUCAGAAGAACUCUGUUCCCAUCCCAGCUUACCAUGACCAACAAGACGGAUGUCUCUUAGUUAACACAGCCAAAGAUGACAGUGAAGUGGAUUACAUCUGCCGGGCCACGAACAGCUUGGGAUUGUCUGAGACAAUUACCAAAGUUAUCGCGACGAGAUCGAUCGGUAUUUCAUGCGACCUCAUUCACCGACUCGGGCAACCUGGUAAAUCUGAUGGGAUCUACUAUAUUCGUAGUGAAAAGACUACCUUUCGUGUCUACUGUGACAUGACAACAGACGGUACAGGUUGGACUCUUAUUGCCCGAUUCUUAAAUUAUGAUAUCAAGAACUGGAUGGCUGAUACCGGAUAUUGGUGGUACGACAAGAAAGUUGCCACGGGAAAGACAAAUAGUCCCUUCACAAACGCUGACAUGAUCUCACCAGCAUUUUGGUUGAUCAGAGGAAACGAAUUUAAGAUCACGCGCAGUGACGACUCCAGCCACACCCCUCUGUUACAGACCACAGGUGACUGUUUGGGUGGACAAACAUUCCGAUCGAAAAUCACAAGUUAUGGCGACUUUAGAAAUGGCAAAGUCUGGGCCAGUGAUCGGUGUCUGAGAAGUUGUACGGUUCAGUAUGGUGGACAAUACAAGUCAACAGACGGGUUUCAACAGGCUGAAUGCAAUGGAAACAUCCAAAGCGCCAACAAGAUUGGCUUCUGGUGUGACUGGAGUGGUGGUGAUGGAUCAGUGAUGAUGAUUGGCGGAGGAGGAAAAGAAUGUGAUCGUGCAGAUCAUGGGAUUGGAAUAACAGAAGCUGAAGAGGCCUCUUUUGAUGACAAAAAACAAAGUGAAAAAGACUUUGGUUAUGGUAAUGGUGGUGGUAGUCGCAUUUCAACCCGUAAAUCCCAGUCCUACUCGUUGAAACUAUGGUUUCGUUAAACAUAAUUAGAGCAUUACUUUUCAAACUUGGUUUAGACCAGGAGAACUUUAUAGAGGAUGCUAUUCAUUUAAUGUCACAUUGUGAUCCAAGUUAGAUGAACAUUUUAAAAUGGUCAGUAAAAGCGCAUCUUUUUCCUCUUACAGCAAAGAUAGAAGAACUUGACCAUCUCCGCAGCAACAAUACAAAGAUCCUUAAACAGCUUUAGAUUCUCACUGGCAACAAAUUAAUUGCCACUAGGAUUUUUCUGCGAAAAUCAAAUUAAGUAGAAUGGAUUUAAGUCAGACUCGUAACUCAUCGAUCUUUUUAGGAAAUGUGAAGUAUUCAUUAAUUUUUUUUAGUAACGUCAGAUAUAAACUAUGCAAGAUGUGUUUAAUGUUUUAACCGGAUAGUUCAUCAAGAAAUUUUUCUGAAGCUACGUCGAGCACUCCAUAUUUUAUUAAAUUGGCAUGAAUAAAUGAGAUAAAACGAUAAAUAAAUGGAUGAAUAAAAAGCUUUAAAACAAGGAAAAAGCCUGAGUGUAGUAUCCAUUGAACAGUUUAAAAAGAUUAUGUAAAAUCUAAUCAAAAACGUGCCCACGAGAAAACCGGACAAGAGGUAA